UGUGCUUCGGCUUUAUAAAACAGGCGUGUCUGAGAGGAGCAGAGAGGUUCAAACACUGACUUUACACAGUUAACGGUGCGCGCGUGUCUCUCAGGCUGUGGAUUAUGUGGAGGUGUCUGCUCGAACUGCAAAUUAACUUCACUUCUGUCUAACUUUGAAAGCUUUCGGAUCGACCGUGGACAUUUCAUCUGAACAUUGUGAGAAGAUGGAAAACAAAGAGGAAUCAAAGACUGUUGAGUCCGUCAGCGUCCUGUCCUGGGAGCAGGUGUGCCGGCUGAAUGAAGUCCUGACGGAGGUGGUGCCAGUUCAUGGACGAGGGAACUUCCCGACCUUGGAGGUGCGGCUCAAAGACAUUGUGGCCCGGGUUCACUCCCGCCUGACGCAAAGCGGCAUCAAAGUGAAAGACAUUCGUCUCAACGGCUCCACAGCCAGCCACGUGCUGGUGCAGGACAUUGGCUGGAGCUACAAGGACCUGGAUGUCAUCUUCAGGGUGGACCUGCCACACGAGUCAGAGUUCAGGCUCAUUAAAGACGUGGUUCUUGGUACUCUGCUGGACUUCCUGCCUGAGGGUGUGAACAAGGAGAAAAUCACCCCCAUGACUCUCAAAGAGGCUUACGUGCAGAAGCUGGUCAAGGUCAACACGGAGCAGGACCGCUGGAGUCUCAUCUCGCUCUCCAACAACAACGGCCGCAACGUGGAGCUGAAGUUUGUGGACUCGAUACGCCGACAGUUUGAGUUCAGCGUGGACUCCUUUCAGAUAGUGCUGGACUCCAUGCUCCAGUACUACGAGCUGGCACAGACCCCGAUGUCAACGACCUUACACCCCACUGUGAACGGGGAGAGCGUGUACGGAGACUUCAGCAUGGCGCUCGGCCACCUGCGGAACAAGCUCAUCGCCACCAAGCGGCCCGAGGAGAUCCGAGGCGGCGGCCUGCUCAAAUACUGCAACCUUCUGGUGCGGGACUUUCGGCCGGCCAGCGAGGAGGAGUUCAAGGGCCUGGAGCGCUACAUGUGUUCACGCUUUUUCAUCGACUUCCCCGAUAUCGGCGAGCAGCAGCGCAAGGUGGAGGCCUACCUGCAGAGCCACUUCGUCGGCGAGGAGAAGAGCAAGUACGACUACCUCAUGAUCCUGCGCAGGGUGGUCAACGAGAGCACGGUCUGCCUCAUGGGCCACGAGCGACGGCAGACCCUGCACCUCAUCUCUCUGAUGGCCUUCCGGGUGCUGGCGGAGCAGAACGCCAUUCCCAACGCGUCCUGCGUCACCUGCUACUACCAGCCGGCGCCGUACGUGCGAGACCACAACUUCAGCAACUACUACGUGUCGAACCAGAACAUUCCAACAUGGCUGCCGUGUAACUGACGAAUCAGGCGCCUGGAUGUGCGAGAGGACUCUGCUGCUGCUUUCAAAGAAUAAAGAAGGAACAUGAAAAACUCCCCGACAUGUAUCAUUGAGGCAAUAAAGGCCAUGUUCCUCUCAAGGCACAGUUAAAGUUAAAUGGACAAGUGUUCGCUUUGUUUUUUUGGAAUCCUUUUCAUUCCUUAUCUACAGAGUCGUCUCGGUCAUUGGAAGAAAAAGUGAUAUUUUUAAGUGUGAUCAUUUUUUUUCAUUGUGUUUGGUUGUUUUCCCCGUUGAACAACUUCCUCUUAAUGGAGUUGUUUUUUCGUGCCUUAACUUCCAGGUUUACUCCCUUGAUAAUUUAAGUACGGGCCGUCUUUAUGAAGAAAGGGACGACGAUGUUGAAGCCUUGAAUUUGGUUUCCUGCUGUAGUUAAAAUAACAAGAAAAGGCAGAUAAAAAAAAAAAAGUAGAAAAUGUUGAAAAAAGGUAUUAAAGGGGACGGGGUAGUGAUAAAGGUGAUGGCCCAAAAAAAAAAAAA